AUGCUUCCAGUGGAUCAGAUGCUCCACCUCCGUAUUGACUGCCCGGUUAACAAUGUCACCAUGAUCACUCCUCCGGAUGAGAAUGAGAACAAACUCGAAGAUGCGUCGUUGAGUGACAUCUACCGGUUAACACCGAAACCCACGCUCGUCCUCGAUCACUCACUGCACAUUGUCCAAGUCUCCGACAGUCAUGUGGCCGCCUUCAGUUGGUCACGAGAUCAACUACUCACCACGAGUGUCUACGACCUCCCUCCGUCCAUUGUUCCUUCCCCGAACAUCGCCGCCCUUAGUGGUGCCAUCAGCACUGCCCUAUCCACCCGGGACGUACAGGUGAUCGAGGAUGUCCAGGUGGACGGCGCCCAUUACUCGCUAAGCGUGACACCCAUCUUUCGGAAUGACGCCCUCCUCUAUGUCCUGCUGGAAGCCCAGAGGACGAAACGCGACCAGAUCAACCUGAUGAGCAAACAGACCUACCUGAAUGAAACCUACAAGAUCCUGAUUGACACGGUGAAGGGUUAUGCUAUUUUUAUGCUGGACACACGGGGCCACAUUGCGACCUGGAACUCAGGCGCUGCGAUCCUCAAGGGAUACUCGUCCACGGAGAUUAUCGGUCGGCAUUUCUCCGUUUUCUACGGUCGCGAAGAUCGCGAGAUCAACAAACCCGCCCGCGAGCUGGAGGUCUGUCUCCAAGAAGGAAAGGUCGAGGAUGAAGGCUGGCGCUACCGCAAGGAUGGCACCCGAUUCUGGGCCAAUGUGAUGAUCACCCCCAUCUAUCAAAAUGGCAGCCAUAUAGGCUUCGUCAAGGUGACUCGCGAUAUGACCGAGCGCCGGGCAGCCGAGGCGCGCUUGAUUGACGCCUUUGAAGAAUCCGCGAGACUCAAGUCCGACUUUCUGGCGAACAUGUCACACGAACUGCGAACGCCAAUGAACGGCAUGUUUUUGGCUUUAACCAUGCUGAUAAGGACCGAGUUGAAUGACGAGCAGCGGGAGUAUGCAUCCAUCCUGGAAGAUUCCACCUCUAUUUUGCUCCAGGUCAUCAAUGACGUGCUGGACUACUCCAAAUUGUCAUCGGGAUCUUUCCCCUUGAAUGCCGAUGUACUGGAUGUCCCAACUGUGAUCAAUGCAGUCGUGCGUAAUUGCCGACCGACCCUAAAGCCCGGAGUUAAGCUUCAGACGACCAUUGAACCAGACUUCCCUUUGAAAGUCAAAGGCGACACGCUCCGAUUUCGCCAAGUUCUACAGAAUCUGGUCAGCAACGCAGUCAAGUUCACCGAAAAUGGCCACGUACAGAUCAACGCCACAUAUGCCGUCGACGACAAAGACCCCAAUCUGUAUGUGGUUUCCACUGAAGUGGUGGACUCUGGUAUCGGUGUCCCCGAGUCUGCCGUGGGCACCCUCUUCACCCCAUUUACGCGGUUUGCAGACACGGCCACCAGAAGAUACCAAGGCACCGGUCUUGGACUCUCGAUUUGCAAGAGUUUGGCUGAAUUGAUGGAUGGAGCCGUUGGGUUCCAUGCCAAUCCAGAUGGACCCGGCAGUGUCUUCUGGAUGAGAGCCAAAAUGGCUCGUGUGGAUCUUCCAGUCGCGCACGCAAAGAAGAAGCUCGCUCCAGUGACACCGGUGGCCCUUGACCACUCCGCCGCGCUUCAAGAAGUCGCGCCGCAUAACCACAUCCUCUUAGUUGAGGAUAACAAGGUCAAUCAAACUAUCAUGCUGAAACUUCUCGGUAGCCUCGGAUUUGAGCGCGUCGAUGCGGCUUGGGAUGGCGCAGAAGCGGUGCGCCUGGUUAAACAAAAGCCUUUGAGCUACAAUGUGAUCCUGAUGGAUAUUAACAUGCCUGUCAUGGAUGGCUUGACGGCCACAGAGCUCAUUCGGCAGAUGAAGGUCGACGUCCCUAUCAUCGCUCUCACGGGCAAUGCCUUGAAGGGAGAUGCCGAAACAUAUCUGGCUAGGGGAAUGACCGACUACAUUGCCAAGCCACUGCACAGACAGCAGUUGGUGGAUUUAUUGUGGAAAUGGUGCGGGCCCUGA